UAAGCCAAAAAAUUAUUGGGCCGAAAUGAGAAAUGAUUUAUUAGAAAGGCUAAAAUCAUAAUUUCCUCUAAACUAGUGACCAAGACAACAAUAUAUUUUCAGUUUGUGAAAAGUGUAAUUGUCAGAGAGACAGGAAACAGUGAAAUUGCAUAUCGUCGUCUUCUGGCGGGAAACGAAGCCCUAGAAAAAAGGUGAAAGCUCUUUUGUCUUCUUCUUCUUCUUCUUCUUCUUCUUCUUCUUCAGACUGUGUGAGAGAGAAAGAGAUGCAUUGGAUUGCAACCAGAAACGCCGCCGUUUCAGUCCCUAAAUGGCGAUUCCUCUUCCGCUCCUCAUUUCACACUUCCCUCAAACCCUCCUCUCCAAUUCUACUUAAUAGAAGGAACUCUGAAGGUAUAUACUGUCUUAGAGAUCGAAAGUCUCUUAAAGGAAUCACAACGGCUUCUAAGAAAGUUAAGACGUCAAGUGAUGUUCUCACUGACAAAGAUCUCUCUCAUUUGGUUUGGUGUAAGGAGUCUAAAAGAUGGAAACCUCAACUGGGAGAUGUUGCAGUUUAAGUCAAGGUUUCCACGCGAAGUUUUGCUCUGCAGAGUAGGGGACUUUUAUGAGGCUAUUGGAAUAGAUGCUUGUAUACUCGUUGAAUAUGCUGGUCUAAAUCCCUUUGGUGGUCUUCGAUCUGAUAGUAUUCCAAAGGCUGGCUGCCCAGUUGUGAAUCUUCGACAGACUUUGGAUGACCUGACGGCUGACACGCAGCGGUUAUUCGGUGUGUAUUGUGGAGGAAGUUCAGGGGCCAACACCAGCACGCUCUCGCAAAGGCAUGCACAUCCAGGAAGUCCUUACGUAUAUGGGCUCGUUGGUGUUGACCACGAUCUUGACUUUCCUGAGCCUAUGCCUGUUGUUGGGAUAUCUCAGUCAGCAAGGGGGUACUGUAUGAUAUCUAUUUUCGAGACUAUGAAAGCAUAUUCACUAGAUGAUGGUCUAACAGAAGAAGCCUUAGUUACCAAGCUCCGCACCCGUCGCUGUCAUCAUCUUUUCUUACAUGCAUCGUUGAGGCACAAUGCAUCAGGGACGUGCCGCUGGGGAGAGUUUGGGGAAGGGGGUUUACUCUGGGGAGAAUGUAGUGGCAGGAAUUUUGAAUGGUUUGAAGGAGAUACUCUUUCCGAGCUCUUAUCAAGGGUCAAAGAUGUUUAUGGUCUUGAUGAUGAAGUUUCCUUUAGAAAUGUCAAUGUACCUUCAAAAAAUCGGCCACGUCCUUUGCAUCUUGGAACGGCUACACAAAUUGGUUCCUUACCUACUGAAGGAAUACCUUGUUUGAGAAGUGCUAAUUUGCAAGCUAAGGAUAACAUGAGGAAAGCAGCUCAAUAAGUGAAUCCGAAAUGGAAACCAGAAAGCUUGGAGGAGGUAGAUGAAACCGAAGUGGAUGCUCUCUUUAAGCCACUAAGUCUUGAUAUUGGAAGAACUAAACGUAUGAAAGCGACUUACCAACAAAAGAAUGUGAACAUGUUUUUGUGUUGACAUUCGUCAAAUUGAUCGCUCUCGUGUUGCAAGCUUUGUGCACAUUUCCCAUCUAUUUAUCAAUGUUGUUUUCAAGUC